CAACAGCCAGCGGGGGCGGUGGAUUGGCCCAUUGGGUCAGCGUGAUGGCGGAGCACAUCCACAAUCCACACUCGGCCACCGGGGUGGGCGGUGUCCAUCAUCAGCAACAGUCACCCCCUCAACCACCCUAUCCGUGGAACAACGGCCUCUCCGGUGAUCAAUGCAACCCCCAUGACAAGGAGAGCGACUAUUGGGGCGGCGGACGGGGCGCGAAACAAGGUUACGAGGCGAAAAUGAACGCGGACCACGGCCAAUUGCAGAAAGGUGACGAGCAAUACCGAGGCGCUGGAGGAUCCAGCAGCGGAAGUCCUCCAGCGAGUCUGCUGGUGGUUCCUCAGCCUUUGACCGUGAAACCGUCUCACCCCUCUCACCUGAACCCCCACCUGGGUGGACCACACUCUCAUCCGCCGAGAAAGUACCAGUGCAAGAUGUGCCCACAGGUGAGCCCUUGAAAAUUUCACUUGAAUUUCACUUUAAAAUCCGAUUUACAAUUUAAAAUAUUACC